CAUAAAUUCCAUUCGCAAUUAUCAUUCAAUUUGAUAUCUCAAAACCAAAACCCACCCUACUUGAUAUCUCAAAAUCAAAACCCAAAACCACCCUACUUUUCACUUCCCCACACCAUCAGAGGCGGAUCUUACUCAAUUUGUCUUAAAAGGAUUUUAUAAUCUUCUACCUGAAACUGCUUCCAGAUAACUACCAAAGAGCAACAUGACUUCCCUUUGCAAUCUUAUUAUUUUUCUUUCUGUUAUGAUCACACUAGUCUCCAUUUCGGUUACAUUUUUCUUCCCCAUUUCCAUUACAUUUUUCUUCCCCGCUUUCUCCACUGUGGAGACUGAUCAGGUAAUCCGAUUACCUAAUCAGCCCAAAGUUGAUUAUAAGCAGCACGCGGGAUACAUUACGGUUGAUGUAAACAACAACCGUAACCUGUUCUACUACUUCGUUGAGGCGGAAAAUGAACCUGCCUCUAAGCCGGUUGUUAUUUGGCUUCUCGGACUCUGCCGUGGGAGAAGGAGCAUUUGGUCAGCAUGGGCCGUUUAGACCCACCAUGAGGGGUUUGGUCAAAAACCCCUACAGUUGGAAUAAAGCGGCAAACCUGCUGUAUCUUGAUUCUCCUGCUGGGGUUGGUUUUUCUUACUCAACCAACCUUUCAGACUAUUUGCUUGUUACGGAUGAAAUGGCUGCGAGGGAUCACCUUGUUUUCCUUCAGCAUUGGUUCAACAAAUUCCCAGAGUUUAAGACCAAUGAAUUCUUCAUCGCAGGACAGGGCUAUGCUGGUCACUUUGCACCUCAGCUUGCCCAACUCAUCCUCGAAACUAAAUCCGAAAUAAAUUUGAAGGGGAUUGCUAUAGGAAAUCCUCUUUUGGACUAUGAUAAUGACUACAACUCGACGGCUGAUUUUUUAUGGAGCCAUGCACAAAUAUCGGACUUAACAUAUUGGAAGCUUAAGAAUAAAUGUGGUUAUGCAUCUAUUACAAAGGAGUAUAUCACUGAGAAAUCUACUAAAGCUUGCCAGGAUACUAAUACAAAGAUGUCCAUAGAAGUGAAUGGUUAUACCAACUCAUUCAAUGUGUAUGCUAACACUUGUCCAGCCGCACCAGAAAAUGAAGAAUACCUCCAGCAAACCGGAGAAAAAGCUUAUGUAUGCACUAGAGAUGCAACUAAUGCAUACAUGGAUAAACAAGAAACUUUAAAAGCUUUGCAUGCAUCACUGGUAGGAAUUCAAAAAUGGUCCAUUUGCAGCAAGGUUCUCUACUAUAAUCCCUAUGAGCAGUUCAACCCAACCAUCAAUUUACUAGGGACACUUGUUAGAUCAGGGGUUAGGAUACUAGUAUUCAGUGGUGAUAGUGAUUCCGUCAUUCCAUUUAUGGGGACACGGUCCUUAAUACGUGAAAUGGCGGAGGAUUUUGGGUUCAGGACUACAAGGGAUUAUCAAGCCUGGUUUCAAGAUGGACAGGUCGCUGGAUGGAGCCAAGUUUUUGAAGACAUCCUAACAUAUGCUACAAUAUUAGGAGAAGGACAUUCAGAUGGAGUUUCUCAACCGAAGAAUUCGCUUCUGAUGCUGAAGACUUUUUUGGAAGGAAAACCACUUCCAGAAAGGCACCCUUUUCCUAAGAAUGGGCAUAAAAAUUAAUAUAUUAGUGAUGUUUGAAAAAUUAUAUUGGACCAUCAUUGAUGUGCAGAUAUAAGAAUUCUAUUGAACAAAGUGAAAGAGGGGAAAUUAUGUAAGAUCAUGGUGGUUGUUGUUGUAUCAGAAGAAUCAUGUUUUAUUUUUUGUACGGACAAUUAUUUGCGCUUCAUUUGUGUGUCUUUUAAUGAUUGCAAA